CGCGCAAUUACGGCUACUCAUUGACGUCACAAUUAGAACCAAUCAUUUAGCAAAAUGUCGAAGUCAAAAACGCGCACGAGAUGUAAAUCAAAACCCAACACCAAAACCUAACCCAUUCCUUCGCCAAACUUACCAUGAAAUUUCGUUGUCCGUGCUGUAAGAUGCAAAUCGUACCAUCGGAUGAAAAUUUUGACCAAGGCGCACAGACCAGCUCGGCUUCUGUUGAAGAGAACGACCAAUUUAUCUCAAUUGCGAUCGGCGCUAUGGACACAAACGGACCAUCACCACACGAGGUGCCCGCGGAUCUUCCAGAAAUUGUAGUGGAUAAUACGAUUGAAACCGAAUCAUUGCAGGAUGCAACUGUCUCUGAGAUCUCAGGUUUGUAUAAGCGAACUUUUUAGAGAAUACAAUAACAUUGACCCACAUAAAACAACCAGGAACUGGUUCUGGGAAAGGUGGAUAGUGAUUUUUUCAAGCUGUCUAAGAUUGACCGUUGAAUAUCAUGACCAAAAUUAAAGUUUAGUAUAAUAAUAAUUUUGAAAGUUUUUCCUAUUUAUCGUGAGGUGCAUAUCUGUAGUUUCACAAGUUUUUUGGCAUUUCUGCAACAUAAUUUUUUUUGUGUUGGUGUUGUGUACUCAGGUGAAUAUGAUGCUUGUGAUGUUACUCUGAGUGUAUAUCCUCCACACCGGGCAAGCUUGAAAAAUAUGCCUCAAGCUUGCCCGGUGUCGAUAUACACUCAGAGUAACAUCACAAGCAUCAUUUCUGCAACAGUUGAAAGUAUCACUAUCUGGUGGGGAGCGCUAUGGCCUAAGUGGAUUAGAGCCCAUUUUCCACUAGGCGAAUUUGUUCGCGUGAAGCGAAAAACAAAUCUUGGCAAUGCGAUUGGUCAGCGAAAAAAAUCGCCGCAAAGAAGUUAGAUCAGUUCCUACUUUUUUCCUGUUCGCGCGAACAAAUUCGCGUGGUGGAAAAUGGGCUGAAGAACACAAUGCAUUAUCAUGAAAAAUAGCAGUCCCCCUGCACACCCUCUGGCCAGGACUAGGGGAGUGUACACCCCCCCCCCCCAGUAAACCCAUCCCUGUAUAACACAUUGCGUUACACCUUGUUUUAGAUUCCUAACUCAACACUAACUGGUAUAUAUUUGUCUUUCAAUUCAGUUGCCAAUAAUGGAAUCUUGCCUGCGUCGCUACAAUUGUUGAUUUUGUCCUGGAUUCAGCCGAUGGAAAAUAAAGCGAAUACGAAAUUGUUUGGGAGCGCUAAAGCUGUGAAAAAUGAACAGACUAGACAUAAGGAAGCUGGGUGGAUUAUUCAUCCGUGUAGUGCAUUUAGGUGGGUAGAUGAUUGAUUGAUUGUAAAGUUUCGUUCGUUUCAUAAAUAAAGUUAGUUUAGUUCAGGUUUCUUCCCGUAGUGACACUGGAUCAAUAAGAGAUGACUCUUACUGGACCUUUAGGAAGAACAGUUUAGAACUGAUAGAGCUAUCCAGUAUAAAUAGAGUUAGUUUAGUUUAUGUUUCCUCCUGUAGUAACACUGGAUCAAUAAGAGAUAAUGACUCUUACUGGAUCUCCUAUGAAGAACAGUUCAGAACUGAUAGAGCUAUCCAGUACAUGAAUAAAGUUAGUUUUGUUUAGGUUUCCUCCUGUAGUAACGCAUGAUCAAUAAGAGAUGACUCUUACUGGAUCUCUAUGAGGAAAAAGUUUAGAACUGAUAGAGCUAACCAAUAUAUAAAUAAAGUUAUUUUAGUUUAGGUUUCCUUCUGUGGUAACGCAGGAUCAAUAAGAGAUGACUCUUACUGGAUCUCUAUGAGGAAAACGUUUAGAACUGUCACAGCUAUCCGAUAUUAAAUUAAUAAAGUUAGUUUAGUUUAGCCUGUAGGCUUUGUCCUGUGGUAACACCGACACAAUGAUGGAUUAUCUCUACUGGACGUCGAUACCUAUCCUGUAGUAUGUACCUGUAGUAAAGCUAAUCAACAAAGGGGCGCCAUACUGGACCUCUAGGAACAACAGUUUAGAACUGAUAGAGCUAUCUCCUUAUUGAUACCACAAAAGUUAUAUUCGAAUAAAAUGCUCUUUGUUUCAGAUUAUACUGGAAUAUGUUUAUGAUGUUAUUAUUGGUUAUGAAUAUGUAUGCGUUGCCUGUAGUAAUUACUUUCUUUACUGAUGCGUUACCAUUGUCGUGGACCGUCUUCAAUAUUCUGUCAGAUAUAUUCUUCCUAACCGACCUACUUCUUAACUUUCGAACUGGGAUUAUGGUAAAUGACAUGAGCUACAGAUUUAUAUUGGAACCACGGAAAAUUGCUAUGAAGUAAGUCUCGUAUUUUACUGCCAACACGUGUUAGUAAAAUCAAGUGGAAUAAAAUUUUCCAUAUGAAAGCUUUAUCCCAUUAAUUUAACUUUAUUUGCUUUUCUGAAAUUUCACUUAAAUUUAUUUUCAGGUAUAUUCGAACGUGGUUUCCGAUCGAUCUUAUAUCUUCUCUACCGCUGGAUUACAUUAUCGCAGCCGUGACCUCUCAUCAAGAUUCUCAGCUGGUUGGUGCAUCGCGGGCUCUAAGAGUUUUGCGACUUGCCAAACUUCUGAGCCUGCUGCGUUUGCUGCGAGUUUCCAGGCUUGUGCGUUAUGUAAGCCAAUAUGAAGUG